AUGAUGAAUUUAUCAAAUGAAGAUACUCAUAUAUCUCAUGAAAAUACUAAUGCAACUAAUACUCAAUCAAAUACUCCAGUUCCAUUAAAUAAUUUACAUCAUCAUAUUAAACAUGAAUCAAAUUCAAGUAGUAUUAAUAAUAAUAUAACUGGUAAUAAUACUUCAAAUUCAACUCCAAGAGUUAAUGAUUCUUCAUUACAUUCUCAAUUUCCUCAACAACAACUGCAACAACAUCCUCAUAUUUUACAACAACAUCCAUUAUCUCAUCCUUCAACUUCAACUCAUCAUCCUUAUAAUUAUGAUGGUUCAAGUAAUGGGUUAACAAAUAAUACUACAAAUAAUUUAAAUGGUUCUCAUUUACAACCUUUACAACAGUCUCAUUUACAAGGAAUUCAUCAAAUUCCAAAUCAACAACAACAACAACAUUAUUCUCAAUCUCAUACUCCACAACCUUAUCAACAACAACAAUUUCAAGCUCAACAAGCUCAACAAGCUCAACAACAAUUACAUCAACAAAUGCAUCAUCAAUUAUUAACUCCAAAUCCUUAUCAACAACAUUAUCAACAAGCUCAACAACAAGCUCAACAACAGGCGCAACAACAAGCUGCAGCUGCUCAAAUGUUACCACAUUUACAUACUUCAACUUCUGGUAAUCAUGAUAAUUCUCAUGAUCAUCUUAAUAUGCAAUUUAAUCCAAUGGCUUAUCAACAACAAUCUCAACAACAACAAUUGCAUCAUUUAGGUCAUCAAGGUGUUCAACAACAACCUCAACAACAACAACAACAACCUCAACAACCAGCUCCUUUACCACCACAUUUAAAUCAUCAUUUAGGUGGUUCAAUUGGUCAAUCAUUAUCUCAUCAUCAAACUCCUCAACCAACUCCUCAACCAACAGCUACUACUUCAGCAACAACAACAAGACAACCAAGACAAUCUAAAAAACAACAAAAGCAACAACAACAACAACAAGCAGCAGCUGCAGCAGCAGCAUUACAUGCUAAUAAUUCAUCAAUUGAUCCUUCAACUACUCAUGAUCAAAAUGCUAUUGAUGCUCAUUCAUUAGCUCAACAACAUCAUAUGGAAAUGUUAGCAAGAGCAAGUCAUAAUGAUAUGAUGGAAUCAGCAAAUAGAAAAGUUGCACCAAGAUCAAGUGAUUUAUUUAAAGUUGGACCACCAUUUGGAAUGUUUAAACAACAUCAAAAUUUAUAUUGUAAAUCUAAUGAUUUACAAGUUUUCCCAAAUUUAUCAGCAAGAAUUGAUAGAGGGUUUGAAAUGGGAGAAACUGGUACAUGGAUUGGUUAUAAAAGAAAUUAUUUUACUUUAUGUGCAUCAUUUAAUUUACAAGAUUUUGAUUUUAAUAGAUUUAUUAAUAAUCAAUAUUAUACUUAUGAUAAAUCUCAAUUAAAUAAUGGUUCAUCAAUUAAUAAAAUUCCAACUCAUAAUCAACCACAAAAUCAUCCUCAUCAUCCUCAUCAUCAACAACAUGCAGGAGAAACAAGAUUAAAUAUUAGUUAUUUUGCUAUUAGAUUAGUUGCAAAAUGUUCAGAUGAUGAUAUUGCUAUAUCAUUAAUUCAACAUACUGCAAAAAGAGAUAAAGGUCCACAAUUCCCACCACCAAUUUAUCCAGCAUUACCAGGUGAUUUACCAGAUCAUGAAACAAUAAAAGCAAGUUGUAAUAAAAGAAAUGGUAAUAAAAUUGAAAAUAUGAAUAAAGUAUUUUAUUUUGAUAGAAAUCAAUAUUAUCAAGAUUAUAAUAUAAUGGAUAAAGAUAAUUCAAUAUUAAAAAAUUAUCCAAGUUCAUCAAUAUCAAAAGUUGCAAGAUUUGAAAGAAUUCAAUUUACAAGUUCAAUAAGAGUUAAAUCAAGUUCAACAGCUGCAAGAUAUUUUACUUUAAGUUGUGAAUUAUUAGGUAUAGUUGAUGAAAGUAAUUCAAUUCAACCAAUUUUAUUAGGAUCAGUUGAAUCACCACCAUUAAUUAUUAGAGGUAGAUCACCAUCAAGUUAUCAUAAAGAUAGAACAUCCGGUUAUAGACCACCAAGUAGUGCAUCACCAGCUGCUUGA